AUGGCGCUUGCUGUACGACACUCACCACGCCUCCUCUCUCCCUCCGAGGCCGUGCUCUACGCUCUACUCCCAAGCGCAGCUCGUACACUCCCUUGCCGCCAGCAUGCUCCCCGACUCACUACGCAUACGCAACGGCGCAACAACAGAGCCGCUCGCGAGCUCCCACCAGACUUCAACAUCAACAGACUCCUCUAUCAAGAACGUACGAGCAAUGGUCUUUCCCGCAAAGAAGCCGAGCUGCUCUCCGACACCGUGCUCGACGAGGCAAUACCAUUCCGCUGGGUCGUCGUGAAAGAACUGGUCCCAACCUCCGCGCCUACGACCACUACCUCCACCCUGUUUCCCAGCUCACUGGACGAACAAGAAGGAGCACCCUCCUCAUCGGCAGCCAACGAAGAUCAACAGCCCUCCAGCGCCCCUCUCGAAAGGCUCUCCGAACCCAAGCUCCUCACCGCCGUCCUCAGCUCCAUCGACCGCCGCACCCACUGCGUCCGACUCCUCUCCGACUCCGGCCCUCAGCCCGACACUGCCAUAGUACAAGUCGUCCCGCGAGCCGGGCUUCUUGCUUCACUUCAGGAAAAGGUCGAUAAGCGCCUCGCUCAACAACAGCGACAGAAGCUCUCAAAACCCAAACAGAUCGAGAUGAACUGGGGCAUCAGCGAGCAUGACUUUGCACUGAAGCUGAAGAAGAUGGAGGAGUUCCUUGUGCAGAAGGGCAGGAAGGUGGAAGUGCUGAUGGCGCAUAAGAAGCGGGCGAAGAAGGCGACGCUUGAGGAGGCGGAGAGGAAGGUUGAGAGUUUGAGACAGAGGAUUGAGGAGUUGGGGCUGCUGGAGGGCAAGUUUGAGGGACGGGUGGGGGAGACGGCGAGUAUGGUCAUUGAACGGAGAGGUGGGCCGUGA